AGUGCUUUCGGAUCAGAAUUAAAUAUUUGCAGUACGCCUCUGAUAUCACGUACCUCAAUGAUAUAAAUAAAUUGACAGUGGGGCUGUUUUGUCAUUUUCGAAGAUAUUUUCUGUGAUCAGGUCCGAUCGCCACCGUUGAGAGUGGAAGGGACGGUCAGGAUUAAAGUGCAAUUCAGAGGUGGAGCAUCGUCUCAUCUGCUGAAGAGGAGUUAUCUGAACCAAUAUCCGCGUGACACGUAUGAAACGCGAAGCUAAGAGACACGUUGGCUUCGAUGGGGCCCACCAGCGAGGAGGGAAGAGGGAAAAAAAAAGCUUAAAUAGGGACCGUAUACAGAGGUAAAAGGCGAAGGCCGGCAAUACCAGAAGGCCAGAGAGAGAGAGGUUGAGAGAGAGAGAGAGAGGGUGUCGUGAAGGGAAGAGCUGCUUCAGGACGCGGAACAAUGGGUGCAGGUGGUCGAAUGUCUGCUCCCCCCAGUGCCAAAAAAUCAGAAGCUGACAUUGUCCAGCGAGCUCCCCACUCGAAACCCCAAUUCACACUUAGCCAGCUCAAGAAGGCCAUCCCCCCACAUUGUUUCCAGCGAUCCGUUCUCCACUCAUUCUCCUAUGUGAUUUCCGACCUCACAUGGGCAUCUCUCUUAUAUUACAUUGCUACCAAUUAUUUCCACCUCCUUCCUCAUCCUCUCUCCUACCUGGCCUGGCCAAUUUACUGGGCCUUCCAAGGUUGCAUCCUAACUGGCGUUUGGGUCAUAGCACAUGAAUGUGGCCACCAUGCCUUCAGUGACUACCAAUGGCUUGAUGACACUGUUGGCCUCAUCCUACAUUCCUCUCUCCUUGUACCUUACUUCUCCUGGAAAUAUAGCCAUCGCCGCCAUCAUUCUAAUACCGGUUCCCUCGAGAAGGAUGAAGUCUUUGUCCCCAAAACCAAAUCCAAACUCGGAUGGUACUCCAAAUACCUGAACAAUCCACUUGGUCGAUUCGUCACACUCACCAUUCAACUCACUCUAGGCUGGCCUUUGUACCUAAUGUUCAACGUUUCAGGCAGGCGCUACAGUAGAUUUGCUUGCCACUUUGAUCCACAUGGUCCAAUUUACUCAGAUCGUGAGCGACUGCAGAUAUACAUUUCAGAUGCUGGUGUUCUUGCCAUCACCUAUGGACUUUACCGUCUUGCAGUAUCAAAAGGUCUCACAUGGGUUUUGUGUGUUUAUGGAUGUCCCUUGCUGAUUGUGAAUGGAUUUCUGGUGCUGAUAACGUAUUUGCAGCAUACCCACCCGUCUCUGCCACACUAUGAUUCCUCUGAGUGGGACUGGUUGAGAGGAGCUUUGGCCACCAUGGAUAGAGACUAUGGAAUUCUUAACAAGGUUUUCCAUCAUAUAACGGAUACUCAUGUGGCACACCAUUUGUUCUCAACAUUGCCGCAUUAUCAUGCAAUGGAGGCUACAAAGGCCAUAAAGCCAGUAUUAGGAGAUUAUUAUCAGUUUGAUGGGACUCCAUUUUACAAGGCAAUGUGGAGAGAGGCAAAGGAGUGUGUCUAUGUCCAGUCGGAUGGUGACAAGAGCAAAGGUGUUUUCUGGUACCAGAAUAAGUUUUGAUGACUUAAACUGGUGAUGUUUGUUUCGGCAUGUUCUAGUUUCUUCUUAGGAUUUUAGCUUCCCGUUAUUGUUAACUUAGCCAUGUCUGUGCUUGUACCUCGAAUCUUGGUUGCAUUUCUUUGGAAUGAAUAAUUUUGAACUCUAUAAUAGACUAUCUUAUGGAUGUGGAUUUAA